GUCUGUUGCCGGGUUACCGGGAUGUUCCUCUCCGGUAGGAUGGGGCGGGCCGGGCAGGGGGCCCGGCGGUACCAGGCUGGGGAUGGGAGUGAGUGCGGAUGGAGGAGGGGAGUUGUCGGCGGCUGGAGCGGGCCGGGGGUGGCGCUCGGUGCCUCUCGGCUGCGGGGGGGCCGCGGUGUGCGAGGCGGGACAGGUCGGAUCGGAUCGGAUCGCAGCGCCACGGUAACGCGGGGUGCGAUCUCCCCGCAGCUGUGGACAUCCAGCCCGCCUGCCUCGGGCUGUACUGCGGCAGGACCGUCCUGUCGGUCAACGGCUCCGUGGAGACCUACGGGGACUGCGGGGUAUGUCCUAGAGGUCAAAGAACUGAUGACAACAAAAUCUGCCGGGAAUGUAUGGGAUCUCCGGACCGCUAUGACUGGCUGUACCUUGGCUUCAUGGCCAUGCUUCCCCUGGUUUUACACUGGUUCUUUAUUGAAUGGUAUUCAGGAAAAAAGAGUUCCAGCGCCUUGUUGCAGCACAUCACUGCUUUGUUUGAGUGCAGUGUUGCAGCAAUUGUUACGCUGCUUGUCAGUGAUCCCGUCGGCUCUCUGCAUAUCCGCUCCUGCAAGGUGAAGAAGCUUUCAGACUGGUACACGAUGCUUUACAACCCAAGUCCCGACUACAUCACCACAGUGCACUGCACUCACGAAGCAGUCUAUCCCCUGUACACCAUUGUGUUUAUAUAUUAUGCCUUCUGUCUUGUGUUGAUGAUGCUACUUCGGCCUCUUCUGGUUAAGAAAAUUGCUUGUGGUUUAGGAAAGUCAGAUCGAUUUAAAAGCAUUUAUGCAGCACUUUACUUCUUCCCUAUCCUCACUGUGCUUCAGGCCGUUGGAGGAGGCCUGCUCUAUUAUGCAUUUCCUUACAUCAUACUGGUGUUGUCUUUGGUUACGCUGGCUGUGUACAUGUCUGCUUCUGAAGUGGAGUCUUUCAAGGAUCUUCUUGUCAGGAAGAAAAGGCUUGUUGUCCUCUUCAGCCACUGGUUACUUCAUGCCUACGGAAUCAUCUCCAUUUCCAAACUGGAUAAGCUUGAGCAGGACCUGCCGUUGCUUGCCUUGGUACCUGCACCUGCCCUCUUCUACUUACUGACAGCAAAGUACACCGAGCCAUCUCGCAUACUCUCAGAAGGUGGAAAUGGACAUUAAAAGGAGCCCAUGCCAACAAUGCUGUCCUAAUGAUCUGGAUUCAGCAAUUUUAGUGCUUGUUACAAUUUGGAAACCUCUGGUUUAAAAGAAAUUAUUUAUAUACAAGACUAGGUGAAACACCUCUGAGUAAGACUGUAUAAUAUGAAAAAGCUGCACUUUUGUAUUCUUUGUAAGUAUCUGGUAUAGAUUGAAGGGAAUGUCUUUGUGUCUAUUUAUCACUGUCAAUCUGUAUAAAAAGCUUGUGACACAUUCUAGCACAGCGGUUUGCUUGUAUAUGUUUAUUUCCCAAUACACUAUUUGAGGUGGUUUUUGAAUAAAACAAUAGAGCCC